UUCCCCUUUUCUGCUCUGCUCCCGGUGUCAGUGGCUCGGAGAAGGGGACGGCAGCACCAUGGCUCCCUCCACGGCCGUUGUCCGCCGCACUUGCUGCUGCUUCAACGUUCGCAUCGCCACCAUGGCCCUGGCCAUCUACCAUGUGAUCAUGAGUGUGCUGCUGUUCAUCGAGCACGCGUGGGAGGUGGCCCACGGCACGGCCUCCUGCAGGCUCUCUAAGACUAGCUACCUGCGCGUCGCCAACCUGGUGUCCAGCUUCCUGCUCAUCGCCAUGCUCUUCGUCAUCAGCCUGAGUCUGCUGAUGGGAGUGGUCAAGAACCGGGAGAAGUACCUGCUGCCCUUCCUGUCGCUGCAAAUCAUGGACUACCUGCUGUGCCUGCUGACCCUGCUGGGCUCCUACAUCGAGCUGCCCGCCUACUUCAGGUUCACCUCCCGCAGUGGCCGCAUGGGCCCCUCCAAGGUCCCCCUGAUGACCCUGCAGCUGCUGGACUUCUGCCUGAGCAUCCUGACACUCUGCAGCUCCUACAUGGAAGUGCCCACCUACCUCAACUUCAAGGCCAUGAACCACAUGAAUUAUCUCCCCAGCCAAGAAGGCACAGCCCACAGCCAGUUCAUCAAGAUGAUGAUCAUCUUAUCCAUCGCCUUUGUUGCUGUUCUCAUCCUGAAGGUCUACAUGUUCAAGUGUGUGUGGCGAUGCUACAGACUCAUCAAAUUCAUGAACUCUGAUGAGGAGAGGAGCAGGAACCUGCAGAAGGUGCACCUGCCGUCUUAUGAGGAAGCCCUGACUCUGCCGUACAAGACUCCAGAGGGGGGCCCAGCACCGCCCCCGUACUCCGAGGUGUGAUGUCCACCAGGCCCAGCCCCAGUGCUGGAAGGGGCAGAGCUGCCUCACAACCUGCUUCUUUGCUUUGGGAGCCCGUGGCCGGGAAAGCCACCUGGCUGACUGUAGGGCAGUUGUUUGUGUCCACCUCCCUGGCUUUUCUCUCGGGUCUUGGGAGAUGCUCACAAUUGGAUCAACCCUUUAGGCUGAACACCUCCUUUGGGUGUCUCACAAAUUCAGUCCAAUAGCACCUGGCUUAUUUUGAUUAGCUCUGACGUUUGUCUCGAGGACUAGCCAAAGUCAGUAAGUUUGGUUAAACAAUUAUCAGCUUUGAUCAGUUUAACCAAGUGAUUAGUAGAUCAAAAAUACACUUAUCAGUUUAAUAAAGUGAUUUGGUUAAGCAACAGACCAUUGCAUUGGUUUCUACAUGGCAACUUAGCCAAGUUUCAUCAGUUAGUCCUUCACACCCUUCAUCCACUUACCCAUCCAUCCAUCCAUCCAUCCAUCCAUCCAUCCAUCCACUCACCUCUCCAUCUACUCUCCUAUCCAUCAUCCAUCCAAAUUCUUCUCAAAAUUUGCUCAGUGAUCAAGCCAACAAACUAUCAAAGGUCAAGUUAGCAUAGAGAUAAAAUUCAAUAAUAAUGAUAAUAAUAAUACUGAGCAAUCCAAACCAUCCCCAUCGAUCGAAUCUAGUAACUGGCUAGCUCUCUGGUACUUCUGAGUGACUGAACAAUCGUAAAUUCAAAUGAAAAUAGAGUCUGACAAUGGCCAAGCUGCCAUCCCAUGGUUAGUUCCAGGACACAGCCACCAUUUCCAUCCUCAGACAGACCCUGAAAACAUGCCAAUAUUUCAUGAAAGUGUCCUCAUUGACAGUCCCUAUACUGUCACACAGCGCUGGGCUCCGAGAUAGUCCCUCAGACGCAGGUGGUCAUCGCUAGUACAGCUGUCGCUCUCUUGCCCAGGCCAGGCCCCCUGUCUCCAGUUUCUUUGUAGGCUAUUUGAACUGCCUGAGGUGUGCAGUCAAGCAGAAAUUCAGCCUGAAAUCAGCAAAUUUGUGUGUUGGACUAAAUCCACAGUUGCACCAGAACAAGAGGCAAACUCUUUAUGGGUGCAAAGUCUGCCACAAGGCUCUUGGUGGUAUAGAAUGGAGGAUUUGGUUCCAUCACCUCCUCUUUGGCCUGCUUCCCUGUGUGCCGGCACUUCUGAUGGUGCUCAGAGGCAGAGACUGGACCCUGAAGGCUGGUUCAGAGGCCUGCAAGGGGGCUCAGAGGCAGAAGGCUUUGUAGGAGGACCCCCCAAUACCCACUAUGUAUUUGCUUUGUCUGUGAUGGGGAGAGUUUAAAUAAAGCAGCAAUGUG